AUGGCCAAGAUCAACACCCAGUACUCCCACCCCUCUCACCUGGCCCGCCUUGCGGUAGAGACCUCAGACAGAGAUCUAGAUCACGCUGAAAAUGGCCUCAGCAGGGCCCACUCGCCGCUGGAAGAGACAUCAGCAGUACAGCAGCCAGGGAUCACCAUGGACGCCAGGGGACCGUCUGCCUCCCGGCAAAGCCCCUUUGCCAGCCAGGGGCUCACCAGACUGUCACGUCUCAUCGUCUCGCUGCGCACAUGGGCCACCAGGCACUUACACCACGAGGACCAGAGACCCGACUCUUUCCUGGAGCGUUUCCGUGGGGCUGAGCUCAGGGAGGUGUCCAGCCGAGAAAGCAAUAUGCAGGAAAACGUGGGUAGCCAGGAGCCAGCAGACAGAGGGAAGAGCCCCUGGCCCCUGGCCAAACACAAUACCAACGCCAGCAACAACUCAGAGGAAGAAAGGAUGAGGAAGAAGAAGGAUGCCAUCGUGGUAGACCCUUCCAGCAACAUGUACUACCGCUGGCUGACUGUCAUUGCACUGCCCAUCUUCUAUAACUGGUGUCUGCUCGUGUGCAGGGCCUGUUUUGAUGAGCUUCAGUCUGAGCAUCUGAUGCUGUGGGUGGCCCUGGACUACUCAGCAGAUGUCCUCUAUGGCUUGGAUGUGCUGGUGCGAGCCCGGACAGGUUUCCUUGAGCAAGGCUUAGUGGUCAAGGAUCCUGAGAGGCUGUGGAAGCAUUACACAGAGACCUUGCAUUUCAAGCUGGAUGUGUUGUCCCUGGUCCCCACGGACCUGGCUUACUUAAAGCUGGGCCUGAACUACCCAGAACUGAGGUUCAACCGCCUACUGAAGUUUUCCCGGCUCUUUGAAUUCUUUGACCGCACAGAGACAAGGACCAACUACCCCAAUGUGUUUAGGAUUGGGAACUUGGUCCUGUACAUCCUCAUCAUCAUCCACUGGAAUGCCUGCAUCUACUUUGCCAUUUCCAAGUUUAUUGGUUUUGGGACAGACUCCUGGGUCUACCCAAACAUCUCCAUCCCAGAGUAUGGGCGCCUCUCCAGAAAGUACAUUUACAGCCUCUACUGGUCCACCUUGACUCUGACGACCAUCGGUGAGACCCCACCUCCUGUGAAAGAUGAGGAGUAUCUCUUUGUGGUCUUAGACUUCUUGGUGGGAGUUCUGAUUUUUGCCACCAUUGUAGGCAACGUGGGCUCCAUGAUCUCAAACAUGAAUGCUUCGCGGACAGAGUUCCAGGCCAAGAUCGACUCCAUCAAGCAGUACAUGCAGUUUCGCAAGGUAACCAAGGACUUGGAGAUGCGGGUUAUCCGGUGGUUUGACUACCUGUGGGCCAACAGGAAGACAGUGGAUGAGAAGGAGGUGCUCAAGAGCCUCCCAGACAAGCUGAAGGCUGAGAUCGCCAUCAACGUGCACCUGGACACUCUGAAGAAGGUUCGCAUCUUCCAGGACUGCGAGGCAGGGCUGCUGGUGGAGCUGGUGCUGAAGUUGCGGCCCACUGUGUUCAGCCCUGGGGAUUAUAUCUGCAAGAAGGGGGACAUUGGAAAGGAGAUGUACAUCAUCAAGGAGGGCAAGCUGGCUGUGGUGGCCGAUGAUGGGAUCACUCAGUUCGUGGUCCUCAGUGAUGGCAGUUACUUUGGGGAAAUCAGCAUCCUAAACAUCAAAGGGAGCAAGUCAGGGAACCGCAGAACAGCCAACAUCAGGAGCAUUGGCUACUCGGACCUGUUCUGCCUUUCAAAAGAUGACCUGAUGGAGACCCUCACUGAAUACCCUGAAGCCAAGAAGGCCCUGGAGGAGAAGGGACGGCAGAUCCUGAUGAAGGACAAUCUGAUCGAUGAGGAGCUGGCCAAGGAUGGAGCAGACCCCAAGGACCUUGAGGAGAAGGUAGAGCACCUGGAGUCCUCCCUGGACACCCUGCAAACCAGGUUUGCGCGGCUCCUGGCUGAGUACAAUGCCACCCAGAUGAAGGUGAAGCAGCGUCUGAGCCAACUAGAGAGCCAGGUGAAGAUCUGCGGGAGCAGCCUCCCAUCUGAGGGGGAGGCUGCCAAAAGAGAGGACAAACAACAGUGA